CUUCUCGGCCAAGAACUCACGGGAGGCGGGCACAGAAUAAUAGGCUCCCCUUUCGCUUCACCCCGCCCCCAAAUUUUUGUUUCUUGAAUUUGGUCCAGACAAUCCUAUUGUUUUCUCGCAGCGAAGGAGUAAAAGCGUUAGGGUGAUCUUCUCUUGCUCUAAGCUUUUCUUUCUCUGCUCUCUUUCCUCAUUUACUCUUCUUUUUAAAACGAGAGCCCCGAUGUGAAGUCCUUGGUCUCUGCGAGGAAACAGAUCCUCGAGCCAGUUAAGCCGCAGCGCUGCUUUCUUCUAAGGCGCCUUCCUUCAAUGGACUUUCGAGGCCAGCGACUCCGGCUUAACAAGUUGAUGAUCGUCAUGGGUCCCUCCCGAAGAACAAUCCUGAUUGUGGGCUGCUUCUUGACAGGGCCAUGGCUAGCCUCUUGCCAGUCUUUGCUUCCGACUAUUCUGCCAAACAACGAUGAAAUGGUUGUGCAGCUGAAUUCCCCCUUCACCCUGAAAUGUUCUGGAGACAGUGAAGUCAGCUGGCAACAUCCAAUACCCGAUGGCAACCAUACCAUAGACCUUAAAAGCGAGGAGAACAACAGCGGCCUGUUUGUGACCGUGCUUGAUGUGGCAAAUGCUUCUGCUUCUCACACUGGAUUGUACACUUGCUACUACAAUCAUUCUCAAGAUGAAGAUGAAGAUGGUGAGGUGGAGGGGAAGGACAUCUAUGUCUUUGUGCCAGAUCCAGCUGUUCCCUUUGUUCCGACAUUCCCAGAAGAUGAGUUCAUUGUCAUCACCGAAGAAGAAGAGUCCUCCACCAUCCCUUGCCGGACAAGUGACCCCAACACCCAAGUAACUUUGACGACCAGAGAAGGGAAAAUCGUGUAUGCCUUUUAUGACAACAGGCAGGGCUUCAUCGGAAACUUCUCCGCAGGCUCCUAUCUGUGCAAGACCACCGUUAAGGGAAAGGAGUUCCGGUCUGGUGAAUUUGUCAUCUAUAUUUACAAAGCUACAUCAUAUAUUCAUGUUGAGAUCGAAUCCCCCAAGACCGUGUAUAAGACAGGAGAAACCAUUGUUGUAACGUGUGUGGUCUUGGAUAACGAAGUCGUGAACUUACAGUGGAAUUAUCCAGGGAAAGUGAAGAACAAAGGUACAAUUUCACUUGAGGACAUCAAAAUUCCAAACCAGAAGUUGGUUUACAACCUGACCAUUCCAGAUGCUUCAGUGGAGGACAGUGGAGAUUAUGAAUGUGCUGCUCUUCACGUGACCAAAGAUUUUAAGAAAAUGAAAAGAGUCGUGAUCACAGUUCAUGAUAAAGGGUUCAUUCAUCUGGAACCCCAUUUUAACCCCAUGGAAGCUGUCAAUCUUCAUGAAGUUAAAAAAUUUGUAGUUGAUGUGCAUGCAUACCCAGAGCCAAAAAUGUUUUGGCUGAAGGACAAUGUGACUCUGAUGGAAAAUCUCACGGAGAUUGUCACUAAGUCCCAGCAGAUCCAGGAGACGAGGUACCAGAGUUUAUUAAAAUUAAUCCGUGCCAAGGAAGAAGACAGUGGAUAUUACACUUUUGUAGCACAGAAUGAGGAUGAAACUCAAAGAUAUAUUUUCUCCCUGCUCAUACAAGUUCCAGCUUUAAUUCGAGAUCUGGUGGAUAGUCAUCACGACUCUGCGGGGCAAACGGUGACAUGCUUGGCAGAAGGGACACCACUCCCUGAUGUGGAAUGGCUGGUUUGCAAGGACAUUAAAAAGUGCAGUAAUGACACCUCGUGGACCUUCCUGAUGAACAAUAUCUCUGAUAUCACCAUGGAGACUCACCUUGAUCAGAAAAACAUGGUAGAAAGCCGGGUGACCUUUCAGAAGGUGGAAGAAACACUGGCUGUUCGCUGUAUGGCAAGGAAUGACCUCGGCACUGUGACACGGGAACUGAAGCUUGUGGCUCCCACUUUACGAUCAGAAUUGACGGUGGCUGCUGCGGUCCUAGUGUUGCUCGUAAUUGUAAUAAUUUCGCUGAUUGUCCUGGUAAUCAUAUGGAAGCAGAAACCAAGAUAUGAAAUAAGAUGGAGAGUCAUCGAGUCCAUCAGCCCGGAUGGACAUGAAUACAUUUAUGUGGACCCUAUGCAGCUGCCAUAUGACUCAAGAUGGGAAUUUCCACGAGAUGGAUUAGUACUAGGACGAAUCCUUGGCUCUGGAGCUUUUGGGAAAGUAGUUGAAGGAACUGCUUAUGGAUUAAGCCGGUCACAGCCUGUGAUGAAGGUGGCUGUGAAAAUGUUGAAGCCCACUGCGAGAUCCAGCGAAAAGAAGGCUCUUAUGUCUGAAUUAAAGAUAAUGACCCAUCUUGGACCCCACUUGAACAUAGUGAACUUGUUAGGAGCUUGUACGAAGUCAGGUCCAAUUUAUAUCAUAACGGAAUAUUGCUUUUAUGGAGACUUGGUGAACUACCUGCAUAAAAAUAGGGACAACUAUCUGAACCGACAUCCUGAAAAGCCCAAGAAGGACCUGGACAUCUUUGGGAUGAACUCAGCUGAUGAAAGUACUAGGAGCUAUGUAAUCCUAUCCUUUGAAAACAAUGGUGAAUAUAUGGAUAUGAAACAAGCAGAGACGAUGCAGUAUGUGCCAAUGCUAGAAAGGAAAGACAGAUCAAAAUAUUCUGACAUCCAAAGGUCAUUGUAUGAUAGGCCUGCUUCGUAUAAGAAAAAAUAUGUGUCGGAACUAGAUGUGAAGAACCUCCUCUCUGAUGACGAUUCAGAAGGCCUCACUUUGUUGGACCUCCUCAGCUUCACUUACCAAGUUGCACGGGGAAUGGAAUUCUUAGCUUCUAAAAAUUGUGUUCACCGUGAUUUGGCAGCACGGAAUGUCCUUCUGGCUCAAGGAAAAAUUGUGAAGAUCUGUGACUUUGGUCUGGCUAGAGACAUCAUGCAUGAUUCAAACUAUGUGUCUAAAGGCAGUACCUUCCUUCCAGUGAAAUGGAUGGCACCUGAAAGCAUUUUCGACAACCUGUAUACAACAUUAAGUGAUGUCUGGUCUUAUGGCAUUCUGCUGUGGGAAAUAUUUUCUCUUGGUGGCACUCCAUAUCCUGGCAUGAUGGUUGAUUCUAUGUUCUAUAAUAAAAUUAAAAGUGGCUACCGAAUGGCAAAACCGGACCAUGCUACCAGUGAGGUGUAUGACAUCAUGGUGAAAUGCUGGAACAGUGAACCCGAGAAAAGACCUUCUUUUUACCACCUGAGUGAAAUAGUUGAGAACCUGUUGCCUGGAGAAUACAAGAAGAGCUAUGAGAGAAUUCACUUGGACUUCUUGAAGAGUGACCAUCCCGCUGUCACACGCAUGAGAGCGGACUGUGACAACACCUACAUUGGAGUCACUUACAAGAAUGAAGACAAACUGAAGGACAGGGAGAGUGGAUUUGAUGAACAAAGACUCAGCGCCGACAGUGGCUACAUAAUCCCCCUGCCGGAUAUUGACCCUGUUUCAGAAGACGAACUUAGCAAAAGGAACAGGCACAGUUCCCAGACUUCUGAAGAAAGUGCCAUCGAAACUGGUUCCAGCAGCUCCACAUUCGUAAAGCGAGAGGACGAGACCAUUGAGGAUAUUGACAUCAUCGAUGACAUUGGAAUGGAUUCCUCAGAACUGGUUGAGGACAGUUUCCUGUAAUUCCCAAAGGAAGUGGUGGACAUCUUUUGAGGGGUAAGAGACAGGAAAGAAAGAAAGAAAGAAAGAAAGAAAGAAAGAAAGAAAGAAAGAAAGAAAGAAUCUCAACACAUAACUCAUGGAUUUUUGACUCCCUAAGGAAAACCACUUUAACAUAGAUGGUCGAGACUCGCAAUCCCAAGUGUCCCCACAAGGGACGCAAAAAUCUCACCCGGAUUUGUGAAACAAGAAGACAUUUAGAAACCAGCUUUUAAGCACUUCCAUAGCAUCUCAGUACCAUCUGCUGUUCUGAUAGGUGAGUGGAUAAAGGAAAAGGCCACGGACAGUCCAAUUUGUGUUUCAAGGGCAUUCACAACUCAGAUGAAUAACAUUUCCACUAUGGUGAAACAUCACCCAUGUAAUUAUGUAAAUACCUUACCAAGAUGUUUUGUGGCAUAUGUGGAAUAGGCAUUUUUUUAGAAGACCACUCAAGACUUCUGUGUAUUUUCUUCCUUCAGUCUCAUCAUAAGCUGCUGUUGAACUAUCACGUGAGAUGAAGUACAUGCAAAAAAAGAAAGAAAACCACUUUUGAAACUCAAACUAAUUGGUACUAGGAAACCUUUUUACCUUUCUUGCAGCUAAUACAAAUAAAACGGAAUUACAGUAAUUUCUAACCUUAUACGAUAGCUUAGUAAAUCAAGUGAGACUCUUCAUAACCAUAGAAGAAUAAUUGUUUACCUACUGCUGUUUUCUGUGUCACUAAGUAUAGUUUAUAACUACUCCUUGCCCUUCCUUAAAAACACAGUACUGAAAAAAACUAAUGAACUAAAGCAUUUUAGCAUUUAUACAUUUACAAGAAACAACUGUUCUAUUUGAUAGUUAAUGGCUUUGGUAAAUUAAAACUAGUUUAGGAAGUAGGGAAAGCUAAUGUAUUCUAUGGCAUCCACCCUUAGCAGAGUAGCUAUCCUAAUGCAAUGAAUUUAUGUGCUGGUGAAUCCUCCUUUGAUUCAGUGGAACUCUUCAGAAAUUGAAGUUUAUUUUUAAACCUUCGUUUGCAACCAGGUUCCUCAAGUUAUUGCACAAAAUAUGUGUGGCUAAUCAAUCAAUAGUAAGGCUGCUUGGAGCGUCUGAGAAAAAGAGCACAUCGGGAAGUUUGUUUGGGGUUUGCAUGUGACAAAUGGAUUGGAUGCACCAAAUGCUCUUUCUGAAAACGCUUCUUCCCAAGCCUGAGAUUUCCAAUUAAGUCUGUAGCUACUUUGGAAAGAAAGAAAGAAAGAAA